AUGCCUUCUGCGUUGAGCAGUCAGUCAACCGCCAAGCAUGAUGCUUCGGUGGGAGACGAGACUGAGCAAAACUCCAAGGGCGAUGAGGAUCCUCAGAUGAGUCUGUUCCAUCAAGUGACAGAAUGGCUGCAGCAUGAAAAGGUUAGACGCAAGAACCGCAAGGCUCGCAGAGCGGAAGCUGCGUCGUCUGGUUCUACAGAAGCUGCCCGCGAAUCGGAAGAUUAUUCGAUAGAUGAAGCACCGCAAUGCUCAGAGAGUACUUUCUCUCUCGAACAGCUAGAGAAGAUUCUUCUUCAGUACUCGGGUGCGCGCGGGGACGGCCUCUCUUCUCUCCAGCCCAUCAAGCGAGCAGUUCGUCGGCGUCCUAAGGGUCUGCGUCGUGGAUCAGCCUCGGAGUCUGAUGUUACCGACAUUGAGGCCCCUGUGCCUAGCGUAGAAGCGAUCCUUGACAAUUCAAAGACUCUCGCUUAUACGGGCGGUGCCGCAGAGGAGGAGUCCAUGGAAAGCAAUACCUGCUCAAAGCGUCUGAAGGACCAAGAAGCUUGGUUGACGUUUAAGACGGAGAUUGUGCGCAUUGCACACACCAUGCAACUCCGGGGCUGGCGCAAAGUACCAAUGGAGGCAGCUGGAGACAUCAAGGUCAUUCGCCUCAGUGGUGCUCUGACCAAUGCGGUCUAUGUGGUCGAGCCACCCAAGCAGCUGCCUGCGCUUCCAAGAAGCAACAAUGGCUCUGCUCCGUUGGUUUCAAGAAAGCCCCCGCCAAAGCUUCUACUGCGCAUCUACGGUCCGCAAGUUGAUCAUUUGAUCGAUCGUGAGAAGGAAUUGCAGAUCUUGCGCCGCUUGGGCCGCAAGAACAUUGGACCCCGUGUCCUGGGAACCUUCCUCAACGGCCGUUUUGAAGAGUUCUUCGAAGCUCGUCCACUCACGCCGCGGGAACUUCGGCUUCCAGAGACAGCCAAGCAGAUUGCUAAGCGGAUGCGAGAGCUUCAUGAUGGUAUUGACCUCCUUGAAGAAGAGCGUGAGGGCGGUCCAGUUAUUUUCAAGAACUGGGAUAAGUGGGUGGAUCGCUGUGAGCAGGUGACCACUUGGUUGGAUAAGGAGCUUCUUUCCCCGGAGAAUGAGGCAAAGGCGGCCGUAGAGCCUUGGCGUCGGCGCGGUUACGUUUGUGGUGUGCCAUGGGAGAUAUUCCGUAAGGCAGUGGACAAUUACCGGGUGUGGCUGAUUGCUAGCUGCGGUGGCAUUAGUGAGAUCAAGCGCCAGCUUGUGUUUGCGCACAAUGAUACUCAAUACGGCAAUCUUCUUCGGAUGGAGCCUGCUACGCAAUCCCCUCUCCUCUUGCCUGCCAAUGAGCACAAGCAGCUUGUUGUCAUUGACUUUGAAUACUCGUCGGCCAACACCCCUGGUCUCGAGUUUGCCAACCACUUUCCUGAGAUCCUGUAUACCAUGAUUACCUUGUCUAAUUCUCUGCAGACUGAGUGGUGCUAUAACUACCACGACGAAGAAAUUCCAUGGGCUUGUAACAACCGGCUCUACCCCACACCCGAGGAGCAGCACCGCUUCGUAGCCACCUAUCUCACUCACCGUCCCGCCAUUCCUGGCGGUCCUGCUUCACCCUUGGCUACCCCAUCUGCUACUCCUUUCAUGCGCGGCGGUCGUCCAACCUCCGCUAUCACCCCCUUGAACCUUGACGACGGCCCCGAAGGUCCUCUUGGACAGCAGCUAGAGACUUCUGGCGACGAUGAGCUUGAGUCUCAGGUGAGAUACCUCAUGCAACAGACCCGCUUGUGGCGUGUCAUGAACUCGGCACAGUGGGUAGCGUGGGGUAUUGUACAGGCCAAGGUGCCUGGCAUGGACGAAGGUAUUGCCGAGAUGGCGGCUGCAUCUGGAAAUGGCUCUUCAGAGCAGGAGAAGCAUUCCAAUGGCAAUGGCGAGCACAAGACUCCGCCAGUUGACCCUGAUGUUGAUGAGGAAGAGGAGGUGUUUGAUUACUUGGCUUAUUCCCAGGACCGAGCUAUGUUCUUCUGGUCUGACCUGUUGGCUCUGGGUCUGGUUAACCCAGAUGAUCUGCCUGCACCGAUGGUUGAGCAUAUUCGGGCACGGGCUGUUGAUUAUUGA